GCCUCCACCCCUAGCCCACUGUCACCCCCUCGUCUUGCGAGACAGUGAUACAAUAGUCAAUCUAAACAUUCGUAGCAACCGUUUUUUUUUGUGACAGCCUGGACCUACACGGUAAUUUUGCAACAAAAAAAAGGACCGUGUGUAUCCAACAGGGGCUGUUUUCAUCAAGGAUGAUGUCAUCCACUGAGUCAGGAACAGAUGUUCCUAAACUACAUCGCCUUUUCAUCAUGUUUGACCCAGAGGUUGUAGCGGUGAUGUCGAUACUCCUGGGUCUAUUCCAGGUGCUGUUGGCUGUGCCUCUGUACUACAUAGACAUUGGUUUACCCAAACUACAACUCACGCUCCCUUUAUUUAUUGGCUUCCUGAUGAAGGUGGUACCUUCAGGCAUUUGGAAAUGUCUCCCAAGGAUGAACCAGACUUGUGGAGGUUUACAUUUUUUUGUGAGGUCUUGGCUGAUUUCUUUUUAUUUUCCCACGAUGUCAAGCAAAGAGGCACUGAGUUUGAAGUUUGUGAUGGCAGGGUCGUUCGCCUUCGCCUGUGAGAAGUCUCCCAGCAGACAGCUACUGACAGGCUGUGCCUACACUAACGUGGCCAGCCUGGUGGCGAGCCUACUGGCUCUGUGUUCGUACAGCGUCUCCCUACACUCCGUCCAGGGCUCUGCUGCACCCUGCACUCUGCCAAGCAUCGACCUGUACACAUGGGCUGCACAAAAGUGCCCAGGAGAGUACCUAGAGGAGUUCUUCAGGAGUAUCAUAGUCCUACUCAUCGUUUAUGACUUGGGUGCUCUUACCCUCCACUCUCUCCUCUCUUUCUCCGCACUCAAGGGACUCGGAGUGAGACUGUGCCGAAUGAUCAAUUAAUCAAUUAUUCAAACUGAUUAACCAAUGGAUGCUAGUUGAAAAACCUGUUUUAGAAAAAUAAUGAUCUGUUUAAUAAAAAAUUUCUCAGUGACCACAUUUCUUUUAACUUGUUUAAGUUCAAGUUUGUUUAUUUCAUGGGUUUGUUUGUUCCUUUCGAUCUUUACAGGCUUACAAUGUUUUGAGAAACCUAAUAAAAUAAUUUGUAUAAAC